UCGCGUUUCGGCCAUGCCAUGGUCGUCGUCUGUCAUCUUCGUCUAUAAAUAAUGGCGCGCCGCCGCUAGCUGUUGGGACGCCGAUGAGCGAGCGGAGCCUGUCCCAAGCACCAAGAAGCUCCUCCCGUUUAUGGCUGUGAAAGUGGCCGCGAUGCUCGGUCGUCGUCUUCUACUCCAGCUUCUCCUCCUUGCUGCGGCUUCCGACGCCUACGGCGAUGGCGCCGGCCAGCCGCCGAUCAGCAGGAGAAGCUUCCCUGAGGGGUUCAUCUUCGGGACGGCCUCAGCAGCCUACCAGUACGAGGGCGGUGCAAUGGAAGGGGGCAGAGGGCCGAGCAUCUGGGACACCUUUACUCAUCAGCACCCAGAUAAAAUUGCUGACAGAAGCAAUGGGGACGUGGCAGUAGAUUCCUACCAUCUCUACAAGGAAGAUGUGCGCAUAAUGAAGGGUAUGGGGAUGGAUGCCUACAGGUUCUCCAUCUCCUGGAGUAGAAUUCUUCCAAAUGGAAGUAUGAAUGGUGGAGUCAACAAAGAAGGCGUCAGAUACUACAACAAUUUGAUUGAUGAGCUCCUGCUGAAAGGCGUUCAACCAUUUGUGACCCUUUUUCACUGGGACUCACCUCAGGCAUUAGAAGAUAAAUACAAGGGAUUCCUUAGUCCUAACAUCAUCAAUGACUACAAGGACUACGCUGAAGUCUGCUUCAAGGAGUUUGGUGACCGAGUGAAACACUGGAUCACGUUCAAUGAGCCCUGGAGCUUCUGCUCAGGUGGGUAUGCAUCAGGCAGGUUCGCUCCAGGACGGUGCUCGCCAUGGGAGCAGGGCAAGUGCAGUGCUGGGGAUUCAGGAACGGAGCCUUACACUGUAUGUCAUCAUCAAAUACUAGCCCAUGCAGAAACAGUUCGGUUGUAUAAACAAAAAUACCAGGCCGUACAAAAGGGAAGUGUUGGAAUAACAUUAGUUUCGAACUGGUUUGUUCCCUUUUCCCGUUCGAAAUCGAACAACGAUGCAGCGAGGCGUGCAAUUGACUUCAUGCUUGGAUGGUUCAUGGACCCCCUUACUAGAGGAGAUUACCCGCUAAGCAUGAGAACAUUAGUUGGGAAUCGGUUGCCACAGUUCACAAAGGAACAAUCUGAGCUUGUCAAGGGUGCAUUCGACUUUAUUGGCCUAAACUACUACACUGCAAACUAUGCUGACAAUCUUCCUCCAUCAAAUGGCCUCAAUGUAACCUAUAACACUGACGCCCGUGCCAAUCUUACUGGUAUUCGGAAUGGUGUCCCAAUAGGUCCUCAGGCUGCUUCAGCUUGGCUCUUCGUAUACCCUCAAGGCUUCCGUGAGUUGCUGCUUUAUGUUAAGGAAAACUAUGGCAAUCCUACCGUCUAUAUCACUGAAAAUGGCGUCGACGAAGCCAACAACCAGAACCUUUCACUCCAGGAAGCUCUGAAGGAUGAUGCCAGGAUAGAGUUCUACCACAAGCACCUCCUUGCGCUGCGUAGCGCCGUAAGCGACGGGUCGAACGUGAAGGGGUACUUCGCGUGGUCGCUUCUGGACAACUUCGAGUGGGUGGACGGCUACACGGUCCGCUUCGGGAUAAACUUCGUGGACUAUAACGACGGGUACAAGCGGUACCCCAAGAAAUCUGCCCACUGGUUCAGAGAGUUCCUCAAGAAGUGAACAUGAACGUGAUGCACUGGGACAAAUAAUGGACGGCGCAAGCAGGUUGAUUUAUAUGUUUACCCUGAGAGAGGGUGCUGCAAUAAAAGGGUCACAUUCUGUUGCAUUUGUAUGUGUUGAUGUGUGUAGAUGGAGAUGAGUGACAUGCUUUCUUUCAAGGAAGGAUAAAAUCAAGAUCAAUGUACGUACAACUUUCAUCUGGAAUAAAAAUUCUAUUUUGCUACUACAAUAUUUACUGUUAAUUGCUCCGAGGAGUAGUGUUCCUUGGCAGUCUGUUGUAGUUGGUAGACUAACUCUCUAGUAGCAGCACAUGUAUAAGCAAAGGUAUGACUUGUACUUUUUGCCCGGAUCCUUUUGUGGGAAAGCUACUUCUUUUCUUCA